AACGAAACCAACGGUCGUGGUCGUCCAAAUCCAUCUAUCCCCUUCGCCGCAGCCUGCCCCGCGCUCCCCGGCCGUGCGCCACCACGACCAUGGCCGCGCUCCAAUCCCAGCACCACCACCUCCUCCUGCCGCGUCACCGUCUGCUCUCCCUCCGACCACCUCCUCCUCGCCUCCGCGUGCUGUCGAGGUCCCACCGCCUGCUUCCCCGCGCGCGCGCGGUCAGCGCGGCGGCAGCGUCGACCGCCGCGCUGGAGGACUUCCGGCGGUGGCUUUCCUCCCACGGCGCGGUCGAGGGGAAGGCCUCCCCGGCCGCCGUGCCGGAGGGCCUCGGCCUCGUGGCGGCGCGGGACCUGCCGCGCGGGGAGGUCGUCGCGGAGGUGCCCAAGAAGCUCUGGAUGGACGCGGACGCCGUCGCGGCCUCCGACAUAGGCCGCGCGUGCGGCGGCGGCGGGGAGCUCCGGCCGUGGGUCGCCGUCGCGCUGCUGCUCCUCCGGGAGGUCGCGCGCGGGGCGGACUCGCCGUGGGCGCCCUACCUCGCCAUCCUCCCGCGCCAGACCGACUCCACCAUCUUCUGUGCAGGUCAGAAGAAGAGCUCCUAGAGAUACAAGGAACACAAUUACUGAGCACAACAAUGGGUGUCAAAGACUAUGUGCAGAGUGAAUUUGAAAGCGUUGAAGCUGAGAUCAUAAAUGCAAACAAGGACCUCUUCCCCGGUACCAUAACAUUUGAUGAUUUCCUAUGGGCAUUUGGAAUACUCAGGUCCAGGGUAUUUCCAGAGCUCCGUGGAGAUAAGCUUGCUCUCAUACCGUUUGCUGAUCUGGUUAAUCACAGUGCUGAUAUUACCUCAGAAGGGUCCAGUUGGGAGAUCAAAGGAAAGGGCCUUUUUGGUAGGGAAGUCAUGUUCUCUUUGCGAACACCAGUGGACGUUAAAUCUGGAAAACAGAUAUAUAUUCAGUACGACCUGAACAAGAGUAAUGCUGAACUGGCACUUGACUAUGGAUUCAUCGAAUCAAAUCCAUCAAGGGACUCAUAUACUGUGACCCUGGAGAUAUCUGAAUCUGAUCCAUUUUACGGAGACAAGCUUGACAUUGCAGAGUUAAACGGGCUGGGGGAGAGUGCCUAUUUCGAUAUCGUCCUCAAUGAACCCCUUCCGCCUCAAAUGAUUACUUACCUGCGAUUACUUUGCAUUGGCGGAACAGAUGCAUUUCUCUUGGAAGCACUCUUCAGGAAUUCAGUUUGGGGCCACCUUGAACAGCCAGUCAGUCCUGACAAUGAGGAAUCAAUAUGCAAGGUCAUGCGAGAUGCUUGCAAAUCUGCCCUUGGUGCCUAUCACACCACAAUACAAGAGGAUGAAGAACUAUUGGAAACGGAAAAUUUGCAGCCAAGACUUAAAAUCGCGAUUGGAGUAAGGGCCGGCGAAAAGAAAGUACUGCAGCAGAUUGAUGAUAUUUUCAAACAGAGGGAGGAGGAAUUGGAUGGCCUAGAGUACUACCAGGAAAGAAGACUCAAGGAUCUUGGUUUAGUCGGUGACAAUGGUGAAAUUAUUUUUUGGGAGACCUAGAGAUUUUUUUUGUUACUCUUAUCUGUCCAAUAGCGCUACUGCAAGAAAUGCAUUCUGAUACUGUCAAGAAUUGCAUGGUAAAAUGGUCUGUGUACUUCUGUGACAUAAUCAGCAAACAGAUUGAGAAAAAUUGAAUCAUCAUCAGCAUUCGAAAGAAUACGUGAUCAUCAAUCAUGGUCAUAUAUUCACCUAACUACAAAGUGGACGUCUUCUCUCAAGAGGCGCGGCGAGACAUGCCGAGCGAUCCCCCUCGCCCUCGCCGCGCGGCCCUCCUCCCGCUCAACCUGCCCCCGCACAUCCCGUACUCCCGCGCGCUGCAGCAGCGCCUCUACCUCAUCGCGCAGCACCUCAGCCGCCGCCGCGCGAGCUCCCCUUCCGCCGCCCGCCGCGGCCUCGACCAGCUCCACGCGCAGCUCCUCCUCAACGGCUUCACCCACAAGCGCUUCCUCCUCGCGAAGCUCCUCUCCCUCGCCGGCGCCGACCUCCCCCGGGCCGAGUCCCUCUUCCUCUCCGCCUCGCCGGCGCCGCACAGCCCCGCGUCCCCGACCCUCGCCAACCUCCUCCUCCGCGCCGCCGCCGGGUCGGGCGCCGCGCCGUCGGCCCUGCUCGCGCUCUUCUCCCGCCUCGUGGGCCGCCACGGGCUCCGCCCCAAUGCCUUCUCCUUCUCCACCCUCCUCGCGGCGCUCGCCUCCGCGGGCGCCGGGGCGCUCCCCCACGGCCGCGCCCUCCACGCGCACGCCCUCGCGCGCGGCGCGCUCGCCCCGUCCGGGCAUGUGAUGACCAGCCUCGUGGACGCGUACGCGUCGGCCCGCCAGCUUGGGGACGCCCGGAAGGUGUUCGACGAAAUGCCGUGCAAGUCGGUGCCCGCUUGGAACUGCAUGCUCGCCGCGUACGUGCUGUGCGGCGAGCUGGACGCCGCGCUGCGGUUCUUUGGCCAUGAGAUGCCUUGUCGGGACGCGGUGGCAUGGACGACGGUGAUUGGUGGGUGCGCAAACUCUGGGAGGGCCGCGGAGGCUGUUGAGCUGUUCAUGGGAAUGAGGAAGGCACGGGUCAAGGAUGAUGCGGUGACCAUGGUUGCUUUGUUGACAGCGUGUGCAGAGCUGGGUGACCUGGAGCUUGGGCGGUGGGUGCAUGCACGCGUGGACUGGGAAGGAAGGCAGCGGAGGACAGUGUUGCUGGACAAUGCUCUCAUCCAUAUGUAUGUGAAGUGUGGCGCAGUGGAGGACGCGCUCCACUUGUUUCUGAUGAUGCCAAAGCGGAGUACCAUUUCGUGGACAACUAUGAUCUCAGGUCUUGCAAUGCAUGGUCGUGCCCAGGAGGCAUUGGAUUUGUUCCACAGAAUGCAGGAGCGUCCUGAUGGUGCAACUCUGCUCGCAGUUCUGCGGGCGUGCAGUUACGCAGGGAGGAUUGAUGAUGGGCAGCGGUACUUUGAGAGCAUGGAAAGAGUUUAUGGUAUUACUCCAGAGAUACAGCACUAUGGAUGCAUGGUUGACAUGUUCUGUCGCUGGAGACAAUUGCACGAAGCACUUGAGCUUGUGGAAAAAAUGGCAUUCCAGUCAAAUGAGGGUGCAUGGGGUGCAAUACUGAGCGGAUGCAGAAGGGAGGGUAAUCUUGAGCUUGCAGCCAAAGCGACCGAUAGAUUAGUUGAACUGCAGCCAGAACGAGCAGCUGGGCACCUUGUGCUUCUAUCCAACAUGUAUGCUGGCAUCGGACAGUGGGAGCAGGCUCGGAUGGCGAGGGAAAGAGUGGCCACACUGAAUGCACAGAAGCCUGCUGGAAGAAGCUGGGUGAAUCAGAAUGAGUCCAGCAUGGUCGUAGCAUAAACCCAAUUGAUUGAUCAGUGACUCACAACCUUAGUCACGCACUAAGCCACUGUACUCGAACAAGCAAAGCAAUUAGUUGAUCAUCAGGUGUUAAGUCAACAUUAUCAUCACAGCAGUGUAUGAGGCUUGCAGUGGAAAAUUUUCAGGUAUAGAUGGCCAAAUGGAUUGUCUGCAACAAUCUUCACCACCUUCAGGUCAGCUUGUGAUACUAAUGCACCACUGUUGUUCCUUUCCAGGUUAACACAUCAUCCAUUGCUUUACAUUUUUUUGUAGCACUUACAUGGUAAAAUUGGUAGAAACAGUUAUAGCUAAAUAUAUUGUAACUCCAACUAGAAAUCUCUUGUUUCAUGUUUAUUCUGUGGUGAAAACUCCCUACCAUAGCUCACCUCAUUGUCACAAUAAUGAUGAAAAAUCAAUGCAAAAUCCUAGCAGAAAUACAUACAUAAGCUAACCUAGACACCUAUCUACCCUUACCUACAACUCUUUUAUGAGAGGUAAAAAAGAAAAACAGUAUCCAACAUCAACCUGAUAAAACUUCAAUCUCCUCUCCUAUAUAGACAUAUGGUAUUUACUGUUUUAAUUGUCGACAAGUUGCUACCGGAUGCACUCCAACUUCCGGAUAACACUGAAAUCAACUACUCGUUGAUAUCAGCAGGAACGUUUGCAGUGUCAUUCCAGAAGCUUGUUGCAUGUGCCGAUGCCAAUUGCGGCGGCAAGAUGCCAUGCAGCGUGGAUAUAGGGAGUGUCUGGGAAGCAAUCAUCAGCAAUGAACAAUGCACCUCCCAGCAGAGAUGACAUCUUGUGCAGGUUAUGUGCCAUCCUGAGGUCUGGUUCAAUUGAUGCCCUUCGUGCAAAGGAAACCUGACAUUUAGGAAUCGUUAGAUUUACAUACAAAUUGUUCUGUUGUUUAUUGAAGAGUUCUCUUUAAUCUAGAAAUGAUACGCUGGAUAAUUUGAAUUACUUGCCUCCAUCAA